GCCACAUACCUACUUGAUAUCUCAGUGAUACUCCCGCGAUGCUGUUGAUGUCCCCCACUUCAGAUCAUUGCAAUGCCUCUUGAUCUUAUCAUUUUUCUUCAGUCUAAAGUCCUCAUUUCCAACACCAUAAUUCUCAACUCUACUUUACAACUUAAGAAUGGAGCUAAGCUUAAAAUGAUGAAAAUGGAAAUACCACUAAUUUGAAGAGGGAGUUGGUCAAAUUGUUUGGUGUUUCACUUUGCCAAGGGCUGCAUACUCAAUUGAAUAUUGAGCCACAGAUUAAGUUGUCCAAAUCAAUGUUUGGCGAUUACCAGUGGCCAUCAUGAGAAACCUCCCCUUUUCUGAAAUCUUAGAGUCAUCCUCGGUUGCUGCAAAUGGGUUCGUGAAUGUCGUUUUGUCAAAAACAUGGAUGGCUAAGGGAGAAAGCUUUUACAAUCCAUAUAUUCCCGGGGUGAUAGAGGAACUUACCCAUAAAGGGUUAGUCAAAGAAAGUGCAGGUGCUCGUGCCAUAUUCAUUGAAGGCUAUUGCGUGCCUCUAAUUGUUGUGAAGAGAGAUGGAGGUUAUAACUAUGCUUCUACUGAUCUUGUUUCUCUUUGGUUAGUUUGUCUCUCCUUAAUUAAUCUAUACAUUUGUGAUUUCUACUUUCUAGUAGUUGGCAGUAAUGCAGUAAUGCUAUCUCUGUAAAUGCUCCCUCAGAUUUCUCUAUUGUUCGUUGAUUGAGUUUCAGUAGAUGGGAUAGGAACAUAUUAUGGAUCAUAACUUGCUCCAAAGUUAGAGGCAUAACUAUUGUGGUUUCUUGUUUUUUUUGGAGAUAAAUGUAAAUAUAUAUUAACACCCAGAAAAAAUAUACAUCACAUAUUCUAGAUCUCCUAAAACCUCCCCC